CUGCCAACUGACACACCUCUUUUAACCUUUAAGCUUUCGUCUCCUGUCAACUUGACCCUGUUUUGCAGCUUUUAACCUCCCUCAAACAUGGCCUCUCCUCAGAAAAUCCGUACGACACUUACUGAUCUGCUCAAGAUCAACCACCCCGUCCUGCUGGCAGGAAUGAACGUGGCCGCCGGUCCCAAGUUGGCCGCCGCGGUCACCAACGCUGGUGGACUGGGUGUUAUUGGCGGUGUCGGCUACACCCCCGACAUGCUCCGUGAGCAAAUCGCAGAGCUCAAGAGCUUCUUGGUUGACAAGAAUGCCCCCUUUGGUGUCGACCUGCUGCUUCCUCAGGUCGGAGGAAGUGCCCGCAAGACCAACUACGACUACACCAAGGGCAAGCUUGACGCACUUGUCGACAUCAUCAUCGAGAGUGGCGCUAAGCUCUUCGUCUCCGCCGUCGGUAUCCCUCCCAAACAUGUUGUCGAUAAACUCCAUGCUGCAGGCAUCCUAUAUAUGAACAUGAUCGGUCACCCCAAGCACGUCCAGAAGUCCCUCGACGCCGGUGCGGAUAUCAUUUGUGCUCAAGGUGGUGAGGGUGGUGGUCACACUGGCAACGUCCCAACGACGAUUCUUAUUCCGACGGUGGCCAAGUUGUGCCAGGGCAAGAAGAGUCCCCUGACUGGUCUUCCCGUGCAAGUUGUCGCUGCAGGUGGCUUGUACAACGGCAACUCGGUUGCCGCCGCUCUGAUGCUUGGUGCUUCUGCCGUCUGGAUUGGUACCCGCUUCAUCUUGGCUGAUGAGGCCGGCGCUCCUAAGGCUCACCAGGAGGCCGUCCGUACUGCUAGCUUUGACGACACCAUUCGCACCAUCAUCUUCACGGGUCGCCCGCUCCGCGUCCGCAACAACGAAUACAUCAAAAACUGGGAGGAGAACCGCCAGGAGGAGAUCAAGCAGCUCACUUCCAAGGGUAUCAUCCCGGCCGAGCACGACAUGGAGAAUCUUCCCGACGACGUAGAUGACGAGACACUCGAGAAUGCCCGUCCUUACCUGAUGGGCAAGGUUGCCGCCGUUGUCAACGAGAAGAAGCCCGCGAAGGCUAUUGUUGACGAGCUCGUAACGGAUGCCGCUGCUCUGUUGCAACAGGGCGGCAAGAUGUUGGCCAAGUUGUAAAUAUUCCACUCAGAUACCAUUCACAUACUGUCGAUGCCAGUUAGGAACUAACGAAGGACUUUGCUUGAUGACGCUGUUUGUUGUUCUUGAUUACCCGAUCUCUGCUAGAGACUAUGGCGCUUUUUGGCAAUGUUACCACUGUUCAAGUGAUUCCUUCAGUUGAACACCUUCACAUCAGCUUUUACUACAAGUAUCGCUAUAUGAACCAGGAUAAAGUUUCAGAAAUACCAACAGGGUUGAAUAG